AGUUCUUAAGCAUAUUUGUGACCAGCUUUGCAGGGUUUGUCAGCAUGCCUAACAGUGGAGAGACUCUUACGAAAGAAUUACAAGAUGAAAAUACAGUGAAUAUUUCAGAGAGCUGUGAACAUGGAACUUUUGCCGAUGCACAGACGGUCUGUGAAGAUUUGCUGCCUCCUUUGGAGAAGACCCGAGAAGAAGACACAGAGGCAGAAAAGUCAUUGUGGACUUCCUUUGCUGAUGGUAGAGUCAGACUGAGAAUAGAUAACUCCUGUCCGCAGACUCCCAUAACAGUUCAUCAGAUGUUCAAGCAGAGCCUAGAGAAAUAUGGAUCCCUUAAUGCUUUGGCCAGCAAAAAGGACGGAAAAUGGGAGAAGAUAACUUUUUCAGAGUAUUAUUGCCUAUCCAGGAAAGCAGCCAAAGGCUUCUUGAAGCUUGGUCUUGAACGAUUCCACAGUGUAGCAAUCCUUGGAUUUAAUUCCCCUGAAUGGUUCAUCUCAGCUGUUGGAGCUGUUUUUGCUGGAGGAAUUGUCACAGGAAUAUAUACAACAAAUUCUCCAGAGGCCUGCUACGACAUUGCUCAUGACAGCAAGACCAAUAUCAUGGUUGUGGAAAACCAGAAACAGUUGGACAAGAUAAUGCAGAUUUGGAAUCGCUUGCCAGACUUGAAAGCUGUUGUGCUGUAUAAAGACUCCAUUCCAGAGAGGCAUCCAAAUUUGUAUACGAUGGAAGAAUUUCUGAAGUUGGGAAAUGAUGUAUCUGAUAGGACUUUGGAUGAUAUUAUUAACUCCCAAAAGCCAGAUCAGUGCUGUGUGCUAAUAUACACAUCCGGAACAACUGGGAAGCCAAAAGGAGCCAUGCUGAGUCAUGACAAUGUAACUUGGACAUCAGCGCAUUGCAGCAGAGCAGCAGGUAUGCAACCUGCAGAGGUCCAGCAGGAGUCUAUAGUCAGUUACCUGCCACUCAGCCAUGUAGCUGCACAGAUGUAUGACCUGUGGACUGGAAUCAAAUGGGGAGAGCAAGUUUACUUUGCUGAGCCAGAUGCUCUGAAGGGCAGCUUGAUCAACACACUAAGAGAAGUGCAGCCAACAUCCCACAUGGGGGUUCCCCGAGUGUGGGAGAAAAUCAUGGAGAAACUAAAAGAUGUUUCUGCUCAGUCAGGAUUUGUGAAGAAGAAAAUGUUGUCAUGGGCUAUGUCACUUAGCUUAGAGAGAAACUUAAACUGCUCAAGCAGCAGUGAUUUAAACCAGCUCUGGACAAGGAUAGCAGACUACUUAGUGCUUGCAAAAAUACGCAAUGCACUGGGGUUUUCUUCCUGUCAGAAGCACUUUUCUGGUGCUGCUCCCCUCAAUACAGAAACACUCUAUUUCUUCUUGGGUCUGAACAUCACCCUGUAUGAGGCCUAUGGGAUGAGUGAGACCACAGGCCCACAUUGUGUGUCUGGGCCUUUUAUUUACAGGCAGCACAGCUGUGGUAAACCAGCACCUGGCUGCAGAGUGAAGUUGGUGGACAAAGAUACAGAAGGCAAUGGAGAAAUCUGUUUCUGGGGAAGGACUGUUUUCAUGGGUUAUUUAAAUAUGGAAGACAAAACUAAAGAAGCCUUUGAUGAGGAUGGGUGGCUCCAUUCUGGAGAUUUAGGAAAGUUGGACAAGGAUGGCUUUCUGUUUGUCACUGGAAGAGUUAAAGAUUUGAUUAUUACAGCAGGAGGUGAAAAUGUGCCUCCAAUUCCAAUUGAAGAGGCUGUUAAAAAGGAACUCCCAAUUGUUAGCAAUGCUAUGGUGAUUGGAGAUAAAAAGAAGUUUUUGUCAAUGUUGCUGACCCUAAAGAGUGUGCUGGACCCAGAUACAUCUGAUCCCACUGACACUCUCACAGAGCAAGCUAGAGACUUCUGCCAGAAGAUGGGUAGUAAAGCAACUAAAGUAUCAGAGAUUGUAGCUACAAGAGACCAAGCGAUUUACCAGGCCAUCCAGGAGGGAAUCAACAAAGUCAACUUGACGGCUACUAACAGGGUUCACUGCAUUAAAAAAUGGAUACUCCUGCCGAGAGAUUUUUCCAUUUCUGGAGGAGAGCUAGGUCCAACAAUGAAGUUAAAACGACUCACCGUGCUUGAGAAAUACAAAAGUGAAAUAGCCUCCUUCUAUGAAGAAUAAGACAUCUUCAUUCAAGCAUUAAGAAAGAUCUGUGAGCUAAAGAAUUUCCUAAUCAAAAGCAUGAACAAGGAUUUAUGCUUGUUUUGGUUUUGUAGUUUAUUGAUUAGAACUGCUAGGAAAUUGCUCUGUUGAUUGUGGUGCUUGUGAUACUCACAUGACCAUUCGUCCUCUUUACAGAAGCAUCUAUACAGUGUCUUUAUUUUUUAUGUUGUUUUCACUUUGUGACCUAAAUAAUUAAAAGCAUCCUCUUGUGUUAA